AUGGCAUCUGAGACAAACCUUUCGAGCCGUUCACAGGCUUAUCUCGAGCUCUUUCACGAAUGGCAAAGUGCACACCCUCUCGCAGCUUUGACCACGGCUACAUUAAUCGCGACAUCUCUGCUGUUCGCAUCAUACGUCCUGUACGCUCGAUCGUUGUCGCCGCUGGCCAAAAUCGACGGGCCGUUCUGGGCGUCUCUCACUCGCCUCUGGCUUGUGAAGCAUUCUCGCGAUGGCGACAUGCACCGGGUCAUAAUCGCCGCGCACAAACGCUAUGGGAGUCUUGUCCGGACCGGCCCCUCAGAAGUCAGUGUUGCCGAUCUCGGCGCCAUCAAGAAGAUAUACGGCGCGGGGACCAAGUUCCGGAAGAGCGACUGGUACAGUGUCUGGCAGGGGCGCCGGAAGUUCGAUAUUUUCCCCGAGAGGGAUGAGAAGAUUCAUGGGGCGCAAAGGAGGCUCGUAAGUCAUUUAUAUGCGAUGAAGUCCCUGUUGCAGUACCAGGAUAAGGUAAACGAGGCCAUCGAAGUCUUUGUCAAGAGGAUCCAGGAUCAUGGGAGACAAGACCCGCUGAACCUAGGCCUAUGGGUUCAGUUUUUCGCUUUCGAUGUCAUUGGAGCCAUUACCUUCUCCAAGCGUUUCGGCUUCCUUGAAGCGGGCAGCGACAACGGACAGUUCAAGAUCCUGGAACGCGCCCUUCGCUCUGGUGCAUGGGUGGGACAGAUGCCAUGGGUAUACUGGCUUAAUGAAGCCCUGACGCCGUACAUAGGCAAUUGUCUCGAUGUCAUGGUGCGACAUGGCUCGGUGAGACAGUUCGCCAAAGCUCAAGUUGACGAUCGGUUGGCGAAGGAUAACACGUCGUACACUGAUUUGCUUGCACGGUUCUUCGAUGUCAACAGGGGAAAGCCUUCAGACUUUGACGACACUGCUGUGCUGUCAAUGGCUACCUCGAAUAUUUUUGGUGGCUCCGAUACGACUGCGAUUGCUCUGCGAGCGAUCAUCUGGUACGUCCUUAAGAACCCACGCUGCAAGCAGAAACUCGUGGAAGAGAUCAGUGAGCGCCGGCGAAACGGUCAACUGUCCUUCCCAGUAGCCCUCGAAGAGGCAGAAGAUAUGCCAUAUCUGCAAGCAUGCAUGUACGAGGCCUUGCGUCUGCACCCUGCGGUUGGCAUGUCUCUUCCUCGGGUUGUGCCCGACGGGGGCAUUGAGAUAGAUGGACGCUUCAUCCCAGCCGGCACGACCAUUGGCGUCAAUCCUUGGGUCGCGCAUCGGGAUGAGAGGAUCUUCGGGAAGAAUACCGAAGAGUUCAGACCGGAGAGGUGGCUCGUCGAGGACAAGGCCGAGUUGGAACGAUAUUUCUUCGCUUUCGGGAACGGCGCCAGGGCGUGCCUGGGUCGCAACAUCAGUUGGAUGGAGAUGAGCAAGCUGGUUCCAACACUCUUUUCACGGUUUGACAUGUCGCUUACAAACAACAACGCAGAGUGGACGGAGAAGUGCUGGUGGUUUGUCAAACAAGAUAAUGUCUACGUUAAGUUUGCUCCUUUAGAAUAA